UCCAUAACUUCUCAUCAUUGAACAUGACAGACACCAAAACAAAUUCUACAUCAAAGAGAUUGGCAGUUGUUACAGGAGCUAAUAAGGGGAUUGGAUUGGAGAUAUGUCGUCAAUUAGCCUCCAAUGGUGCAGCAGUGGUUUUGACAGCCAGAGAUGAGAAGAAAGGUGUUGAAGCUGUUGAGAAGCUCAAAGGUUCUGGAUUACCUGAUGUGGUUUUUCAUCAGCUGGAUUUGAAGGACCCUGCUAGUAUUGCUUCCCUUGCUCAUUUCAUCAAAACCCAGUUUGGAAAGCUUGAUAUCUUGGUGAACAAUGCAGGUGUCUCUGGAGUCAAAUUAGAUGAUGAUGCUUACGCAGCCCUAAUGGCAGUGGAUGAUUCUCAAGAAGUUAAGGCAGCUAAACUUAGCCAACUGGCAAGGCAAACUUAUGAGAUGGCAGAAGAAUGUCUACAAGCAAACUACUAUGGCACCAAAAGAGUGACUGAAGCACUUCUUCCUCUCCUUCAGUUAUCUGAUUCACCGAGAAUUGUGAAUGUUUCCUCCUCUCUAGGAAAGCUAGAGAACAUCGCAUUCACCUGGGCUAAGGAAGUGCUAAGUGAUAGUGAUGGCCUCACAGAAGAAAGAGUGGAUGAAGCACUGAACAAGUACCUAAAGGAUUUCAAGGAGGGUUUAAUAGAAACUCAAGACUAUAGUGCCUAUAGAAUGUCCAAAGCAGCUUUGAACGCCUACACAAGGAUUCUAUCAAAAAAGUUACCCAAAUUCCGGAUAAAUUGUGUCUGCCCAGGUCACGUCAAAAGUGACUUCAACUACAACACAGGGAAAUUUACUGUUGAAGAAGGUGCAGCAGGUCCUGUAAAGUUGGCAUUGAUGAUUGAUGGUGGCCCUACUGGGCUAUUCUUCUUUCAGAAGGAAGUGACUUCCUUUUGAUUGAAUAUUUUAUUUUCUUUUCUGGUUAGGGGUUGGAGAUGAAGAUCUUCUUCUUUUGUUUGAAUGUUGUUCAAGAUCAUCUUCAUGAGAGAUAAUAAUGCUGGAAUUGCCUUUUCUU